UUUCAUGACCUAGCCUGAACUGUCGUUCCAUGUGGUUUCAGAGCUUGGAUUAUUUAUCGAAGGGUUCCUUAUGCAAGGCCCUCACCGUAUUGAUCUCGGCCAACCUGUGCGGCCAUGUGCUUGCGAGUCGCACCUGUGCAUCCAGGCGCAGCCGACGCGAUUCGGUUUCGACGCCGUGCCGAUGCAGCGCCGAUCCGACGCACGUCCCGAGCCGAUCCGAUUUCCCGAUUCGAUUCCGACGGAACCCCGAGCAAGGUGAUCGCAGGGCUGAUGGUGCCUCCUCUCGCUCGCUGGCGCCGCGAAGCUGCCGACGGAGAUCGAGCUCCGGGCGCUGCUGGCGGAGGCGAGGGGCGUGCUUCUUUCGCAGCCGGUACUUCUGGAGCUCGAGGCACCCCUCAGCGUGCUUGGGGACAUCCAUGGGCAGUUCAAGGACCUCCUCGCCUGGCUCGAGCUGAGCGGCGGGCAGCAGGCGAACUACCUCUGCCUGGGCGACUACGUCGACAGGGGUAGGCAGUCGUUGGAGGUGAUCGUUUUGCUGCUGGCGCUGAAGGUGAAGCGUCCAGAGAACGUGUUCCUGCUCAGAGGGAACCACGAGUGCGCAUCGAUCACGCGCAUCUACGGCUUUUACGACGAGUGCAAGCGGCGAUUCAAUAUCAAGCUCUGGAAAACCUUCAUGGACGUUUUCAAUUGCCUCCCGGUGGCGGCGGUCAUCGAAGACAAGGUGUUCUGUUGCCACGGCGGCCCCUCCCCGGAGCUGUCCGACCUCAGCCUGGUCCGUGGCAUCCCCAGGCCCACAGACGUGCCGGACUCCGGGAUCCUCUGCGACUUGCUAUGGGCGGACCCGGCAAAGGACGCGAGCGGAUGGCAGGAGAACGACCGCGGCGUUUCGUUCACCUUUGGCGAGGACGUGGCGGCCUCUUUCCUGCUGCAGCACGGCCUCGACCUCAUCGUGCGGGCGCACCAGGUGGUUGAGGACGGCUACGAGUUCUUCGCUGGCAGGCGCCUGGUGACCGUGUUUUCCGCGCCCAACUAUUGCGAGCAGUUCGACAACGCGGGGGCCCUGCUGGAGGUGCGGUCCGACCUGCAGUGCGGCUUCAGGCUGCUGCCCGGGCGCGCGACGGCUUGGCGAUGAGAGCCGCGCCUGCGCGCAUCAGCUGUCUUUCCUUCUCCUCCCCCUUCCCUCCCCCCCCCCUCCUCCCCAUUCCCUCCUCAUCUCCUCCUCCCUCUCCCUUUCUUUGCCUCGCCCGCGACGCCUUCCUCUCCCUGCCUCGCCCGCGACGCCGGCCGCGCCAGGGUCCCGAGUGCGGCCCCCCGUCAGACAGAAGCCUCCGGCGGGCGGGCCCCCCGAGACGGGCCCGAGCGCGGCCGCGCCGUCGAUGUACAGGGGCGCCGAUGUACAGGGACUCGUUUUCUCAUUGUCGGAGGCCUAAGGGGUUGACACCAGCCCCCCAACACUUGUCACGGAUGCUGCACGAUCUCGCCUCUCGCAUAUCGGUCGUGUAGUUUUUCUUGGUUCGCCUGGCGACAUCUCGCUUCAGAAUGCAGUUGCUGCAUCGUCGAGUGGAGUAGGGAUGGUCGCGUUCCGCA